AUGGGUGACCGCGUUGAAGGUGAUAUGGAAUUUCCAACUAAUCGUGGAUCAAAUGAGCGUGCAGGAAUACUUCGUGGUGCUGGAGUCGCAUGGCCUAAUGGAAUUGUUCCAUAUAUAUUUGCAACAGGAUAUAGUUAUGAACAAGAAUUAAUUAUUACUGCUGCAAUGCGAAUGUUAGAAAAUACGGUAGCUAUGAAUAACUAUCGUUGUGUUCAGUUUCGACCAAGAAACUUAUCAGAUCCAUAUUAUAUUAUAUUCUAUAAUGGAAACGGCUGUUCAUCAUAUGUCGGACAAAAUCCAGGCAUGAACUUAAAUCGUACAGUUACAUUGCAAGUUUCUGGUUGUCUCGGUGUUGGAACAAUUAUGCACGAAUUAUUACAUGCAUUAGGUUUUGAACAUGAACAAUCAAGACCAGAUCGUGAUCAAUAUGUUACAAUUAAUUGGGCUAAUAUACAAACUGGUAUUGUAAUGUUUCUUAUUAGCAUGUCAUAUAAUUUUGACAGAUUUGAUAAUAAUUCAGUGAAUACUUAUAAUACACCGUAUGAUUACAGAUCAUUAAUGCAUUAUAGUUCGACUGCAUUUUCUACAAAUGGUUUGCCAACUAUUGUAGCGAAUCAAGCAAAUGUUACUAUGGGACAACGGAGUAAUUUAAGUGUGUAUGAUGUACAAGCACUUCGACGUUUUUACAAUUGUACGGCAAGUGGUAUGACACUACCACCAACGACAACACCACCUCCAUUAAAUGUAUCUGGGGUCAAUACCACCUAUUCAUCGACAUGGACAACAAAUAGUCGAAAAUUUUUACGUUAUGGAGGAAGAACUGCAAACUAUUAUUAUGAAACCUAUCAAGUAAAUGUUUCAACAGCUGGUUACUAUAGAUUCAAAAGUAGUUCUUCUAUUGAUACAUAUGAAGAUGAUGAUACUGGUUCUAAUGCACAAUUUCAAUUCACAUUGUAUCUACAACCAAAUACUGUCUAUACAUUAGUUGCAACAACCUACGCUGAAAAUGUAACAGGUUCAUAUACAGUGAUUGCAUCUGGAGCAACAAGAGUUACUCUUGUUCCUGUAACAAAUACAUCAACAGUACUUACUACUACUAGUGCUCCAGCAACAAUUCAAGUUGUAACUAAUGGAAUAAUUGUUACUAUUAAUACGACAAAUCGAACUCUCAAUGGUGGAUACAUUACACCAAAUAAUACAGUUUUUAAUCUCGAUGAUUCAAGUACAGUAAAUGGUUAUGUUCGAACUGUGUCUGUUCAAUAUGUUCAAUCCAGAUUACCAACUGCAUCGACUCGUAUUUGGAUUUAUGGCAUUAUUCCAAUUCUUGGUGGUUAUAUGGCUUGUAGUCAAUAUUUGGUUCCUUCUGCUCAAAUAUCAACAACACAAUUAGGGCAAACCUAUAAUAUCACUGCAAAUAUAAUCAAUGUUUUUCCAGGAACAUAUGUUGGAGUCGGUAUUCAAGAUAGAUUAACAUCUAUUGCUACAACAUCUGGCAGUAUUGCAUUCAGUAUCGGAACUGUUAAUUUAACAUCAAAUAUUUUCACACGUAGACCAUUAUAUUUUCGACCUGAUAAUUUAGGAUUUGGUGUCAAAGUGAGCUACACUAUAAUGACAUAG